AUGGAGCAACCUCCUGUGCCACCAGAUCAGACCCAGAAUAACGACGGCGCGAAUACACAGCAGGGCUUGUCUACCGCAUCUCAGUCCCAGCCUGCAGGUGCGGGCAAGGUCGAGAUGGCUUCUUCUGAGCAUGCACCGACGGUACCCCAGUCAAAGCCUGCAGACGGUGCCAAGAUUGAGAUGGCGCCUUCUAAAGAUGUGCCGACGGUACCCCGAUCCCCGCCUGCAGACGUCGUUAAAGUCGAGAUGGCGACGGUACCCCAGUCCCAGCCUGCAGAUGCGGCCAUUCUCGAGACGGCUUCUAAAGCUGCACAGACGAUACCCCAGUCACCACCCUCUGAUGCGGCUAAGGUCGAGAUGGCUUCUCCUGAGGCUGUACCGACGGCACCCCAGUCCCCUGCAGGGACAGACAAGAUCGAGGUGGCGUCUUCUAAGGAUGCGCCGACGUUACCCCUUUCCGAGCCUGCAACCGGGGCCAAGGUCGAGGUGACUUCUCCGAAGCCUGCACCGAUGGUGUCUCAGUCCCCGCCUGCAGACGCCGCCAAAAUCGAGGUGGCGUCUUCUAAGGAUGCACCGACGGUGCACCAGUCCCCUGCAGGUACAGACAAGAUCGAGGUGGCGUCUUCUAAGGAUGCACCGACGGUGCACCAGUCCCCUGCAGGUACAGACAAGAUCGAGGUGGCGUCUUCUAAGGAGGCGCCGACGGCACCCCAGUCCCAGCCUGCAACCGCGCCCAAGGUCGAGGUGACUUCUCCGAAGGCUGCACCUAUGGUGUCCCAGUCCCUGCCUGCAGACGCCGCCAAAGUCGAGGUGGCGUCUUCUAAGGAUGCACCGACGGUGCACCAGUCACCGCCUGCAGAUGCUCCCAAGAUAGAGAAUGGGUUCUCCGAGAGAUAUGCCGCCAAGCUCGCGGUUACUAUUCCUAAAUCUGCACCUACGGUACCCCAGUCCCAUCCGGCAUCCGCGGUUAAGGUCGAGGUAGCGUCUCCUAAGAAUGCACCGACGGUACCCCAGUCACCACCUUCAGCCGCGGCCAAGGUAGAGGUGGCGUCUCCUGAGGCUGCAACGAGGACACGACUUUGCCACCUGGUGCGCCGUCCGGAUUUCGAAGGUUAUGGUUUUGUAUUUCUCGAGGACAACGUGCGUAAGCAGCAGUUCGUCACAUCAGUGGAACCGGGAAGCCCAGCCGAGGCUGCAGGUCUUCGAGUCAAAGACAUCAUCAUUCAGGUGAACGGAGCGCAAAUCGAGGGUGCCAGCCAUCAGGACGUCCUCCGUCGCCUCUAUUCGAUUCCCAACGAGGCACGCCUGCUGGUGGCGGACGAAGCUGAUUUUAACCGGUACAAGAAGCACGAAGACAUCGACAGCCUGCCGAGCGUCACCGAGGUGAGCCUUGCGGCCGAGGCUGAAGCCAAUCGCUCGGCCAGCAAGCCUGCUAGCCCACAUGCCGGCCUUGCUCUGGCCAGCCUGCCACCUACCCUUGCGUCACUAUCAGCCGAGCACGGCGGCCGCCAGAAGUCGGUGGAGCACACCAGUCCGAAUCCUACCAUGCAAAAGCUACCCGCCGUCACAUCUGGCACGCAUGACCCUUUGGUGACAGUCAAACGGGAGCCCAGCAGCCCGACAGAAAGCACACUGCGACGACGAAUUACCACCGACGAAGGAUAUCAACCAAGUUCCCAAGGCUCUGGCCGCCAGGCCAUUAGCCCUCGCGCACCAGCACCGUCGGCCGCUUCUGUCGAGCAGCGUGACGAGAGCAGCGAGCAGGUGUCGGUGCGACUACCACCGCUUGACCUUCUUGAGUUGACGGUGCGACUGCUGCUUCCGCUGCGCCUGCCCCUGCCCCUGCUUCUGGGCGUCAUGAUGACGUCCCUGCUUGCGGUGUACUACCUGUACGCCUACAUCAAACGACCGUCGCAGAACUAG